AUGGCACAGUUCCAUCCUUUUCCCGGCCUCCCAAAGGAAUUGCGGGAUCAAAUCUGGGAUAUGGUGAUUCGCGACGAUAAUCCAGGGGUCCACUACUUCACCAUCUACAGUACCAAUAAAGACCCCGAAUCCGUCGUUGACCCAGCCAAGAAGGUCCACGCCAUACGAUCCUCUGACGCGCACUACGACGCGCACUACUCUAUCGGCUUCGCAGCUCCUCGGUGCCGAGCAAGUGGCCAACUCUCAUGGACGGAUGGGAAUAUCUCUACGUACCUAACAGAUUCAGGCUUAUGGACAGCCUGCUUUGAGUCCCGCGAGAGGAUGCUACGGUAUUUUAAACCUUUAAAAACCAGCCCACAGGCUUCACCUCAACACAAGCCGUUACAUAAACACGUAAUUUGGGAUAUAUGCAAUAAGCCUACAGCCUCAGUAAACAUGGAGUUUAUUCGUGAUAACGGCGAGCACCAAACCCUAACAAUACAACCAUCGGCGGAUUUAAUCAUCCUUCAGCUACCCGAAAACUCUAACAUCUCAUGGGAUGACUCUAGACAUUGGGAAGGGAUUCAACACUUCCCCUCGUUUAGGUGGCAUACUACUGGCAACCCUGGGAACGAAGGGCACUGGAUUUCAUCAGUCAUCAACAACGUUGCCGUCGAGUACAACCCGGCAUGGGCGGUAUAUAAUGAAUUGGGAUUCUGGUCAUGCAACGAUGCCACUUUCGGCUUCGACUACGUCAACGAUUUACACGGCCUCGAAGCGUUUUGGAUUAUUGACUACAGUCUAAAGCGCAAGUUCAAGGCUGAGUAUGCCCACAGCAGACGGCAGACCUUUCGCGCUGGCAGAUUGACGUUCAUCGAAGUUAAUUCGGGGGAUGAGGAAUGGUGCUGCUGCUCCAAGGAAGACCCCCAUCCCUUGGAAUGCUGUGAUCGUGGAGACACAAAAUUUUCGGCGCACGCUCUGGCGGACGCCCUGAGAAGAUACAUCGAGUUGGAAGACAAUGAAGAGUGGGGGUUCGAUAGAUCCCACUCUUAUGCUGGAGCUGAUGUCGGAGUUCUCGCCUGUGUGAACUUGAAAUUGGAGGGGGAUUUACCGACAUGGGGGGAGUGGUACGGUUUCCCGAAAUGA